UGUUUGUGGCUGCCAGUGGCUGCCCUGGCCAAAACAAAAUAGUUGACAGUCUGUGAAUUUCGCGCGACUUGUGGAUCACAUUUCUGACGAUUUGACCGACAGAACAUACAGUUUUCGAAGAAAUUGACCGACAUUUAAUCAUGGCAUCGAAUACAUCAGGGAUCGAGAAAUGGAAAAAUGUUAAAGCCGCUAUGGUCGACCUGCAAGACCUACUAAGGUGUUGGACAUGCAACAAAAUAUUUCUUGAGCCAGUAAGCUACAGGUGCGGUCACUUCUUUUGUGCUGACUGUGCUAAAGAAUCGGGAACAAAAUGUGGCACCUGCAACGUUCCAUCCCUUGCCUCAGAAAUCAGAUCGGACCGUAUUGUGACUGCAGUGGUUGGAUGCUUUCAAAAAUUGUCCCAAAUUAUCAAUUCUGAAGAAUGUUCCGAUAAAACCAUCUCUAACACUACCACAAACGAAAAAAAGGCAUCCAGAAGCACUUUGUAUGAUUACGAUACACAUGAAGACAGUAACAUAUCUCCUUCUAAGAAAGAUACAAGUAAAGUCCCUGACGACUCCAAAGGUAAUUUGAGAGAGAAUGAGAGUACAAAUGUAACAAAAGAUAUACCCCAAAAGCGUCCAAGGAAAAUGUCUGAAAAACUUAAAGAAGCUAUGGCAGACCUAGGGGUGAAUGAGGAAAAUUUCCUUAAGCCAUCUUCUGUUAAAAAACAACCAGUCAAGGAAACUAAAAAAAAAGUUGGUGCAAGGAAAAAAAGUUUAUCUACUUCCAUUCCUACUACUAGCAAUCAAUCAGUAGAUUUAUCUGGUAGUAUUAAUCUUGAAGAGACAAUGUUGAAAAAUACCAGUAAUCCUUCAAGUUCUGAGCCAAUAAAGGACUUAACAGGUAAGAAGACUACAAGUAAUGAAGAAUUCCUCAAAGAUUCCUUUAUAACUCCUAAAAAACCAAGAAGGUCAACUAAGUCUUCAAGCACCAUAGCUUCUACCCCCAAGAGCACUGAAGUAAAAUAUACUCCUAGAAAGAGUAACACUCCAGGUAGAGAGCUCUCCAAAAAGAACCAUAAAGGUGAAACACCUUUACAUGUUGCGUGCAUUAAGGGCAAUGUUGACCGCAUUCGUACUCUUCUCAGUGCCAACGCAAGUCCAAACACCAAGGACAACGCUGGAUGGACUCCCUUACAUGAAGCAGCAAUCCGUGGUUUUACUGAGGUGGUGGAACUGCUCCUCAAGGCAGGAGCUCUUAUUGAUGUGCCUGGAACAGGCAAUGUUACUCCACUUCAUGAAGCUGUUAUCUAUAAUCAUAUAGCAAUUGUGAAAAGUCUUGUUGCUCAUGGUGCUGAUAUUCAUGCACGAUCUUCUGAUGGGAAAACUCCUAUAGAUUUAGCAACAUCUAGUGAAAUAAAAGAAGUGUUGCUAAACACUGAACCGAAAGAUCAGCUUAGCAAAUCUGACUCAAGUCAUCAGCAGAAUAAUUUGGCUCAGCAGGAAAUGGUUUUGUGUGGAGAAGCUAGCCUUACAGCUGAAGAAAGAAACGAAUUGUGUGCUUUAGCUGUGACCUUAGACGCUAGGCUAGUUCCUGUCUUUGGCCCUGAUGUGACACAUUUCAUUGUGCCAUCAAAUGCCAAUUGUACAUGCCCACCUUCAUUAGAGGUGCUAUGUGCCAUUCUAAAAGGAGUUCUUAUUUUGACUAGUGAUUGGAUAAGUGUCUGUAAGGAUGGAGAUAUAGGCGUUGAUAUUGAUUUAUUUGAACUUGCUGGAAUUACUGAUUUCAGAGAUUCUGAAGCACCUAAAAAAAGUAGAAUCAAUGCCCAAAAGCAGUUACCUCGCUUAUUUGAUGGAUGCCAUUUCUACUUAACCAGCAAUGUCCAGUACAAACUUCAGACAUGUUUGUUAACCCGAUCAGAUAUAAUGACCCUGGUCAAAUCAGGCGGAGGAAUUGUAUUGACCCGGCAACCAGAUCCAGAAGCUAUACCUGCUAAAGAACAGACAGUUCCUUAUCAUGCCCCAAGAGACGGCCCCCUUACUGCCACUUCUCAUAUUAUUUUGUAUUCUCCAGGUAAAGGGGAGCCAGAUAUGAAGUAUAACAUGAAACACUGUAAGACCCUUCCAAUGGAAUGGUUUAUUCACAGUGUGGUCAACUGGUGUCUGUUGGAUCCGUAAACAAUUUGCUACUGUAUUAUUAAAUUUGACUAUGAAUUAAGGACUUUGUUUCCAGCUGUAUUAAAAUUUUGUAAGAAUAGAAAAAAAUAUAAAUAUUUUAUUUUUAUGAAAUAAACUCUAGGCAAGGAAACAGCAUUGCUUACAAUUAAACAACUUUUAGUUCUAAAACAAGAA